AUGUCGUGCCCUUUGACAAACGGAUUCAAAGACGUGGACUGUUUCACUAUAGACUGCGAACUUGAUCGCCCUUGGACUCGACACUGGCCACCCCAGCCAGGAAGUCCACUUUACCAUUGGCUUCAGGAAGAGCUCCCUGAGGUCCUGACGUACGAGUUCGACCCCGAGCGCCUGUUUAACCAGCCAUGGAAAGCUUGGAUACGCCAAUUGAUAUCAAAAAGUUGUCCCGCCAUACCCGUCUCCACGCAUGAUACUGCUCUCAACAGUGUGGAUGAGCAGAAGGCUGAGCCCUCCAAUUCAAGGGUACAGGAGGAGAGAGAAAGAGAGGCCCGCGUAAUGUGCAUUGUGGAGAAGAUAAAGUCCCUCGGCCUUCGCAAAUUCCGGAUGCCAAAGUUGGAUUACUUGGCCGACCAUCCUCUCCUUUCAGUUCGAAAGCCCUUCCGCUCAGUUCUCCCGUUUCUAGAUAAACUGAAGAACGACUAUGUCCAGCACCAGGCAAGCCACGAUGUUCCAGUCUACGAUGUAACUGGUUUCGAGGAUCAUUUCAAACUUGCCGACAGUGGAUUCGCUUUCACGAAGGUUCCGGUUAAUAUUUCGGAGUGGACCGACGAAUGUAUUCAUCAAAUCUACCUCCCCCUGAUGGAGGCUUACCUGCGCGAGCACUUUGGCAGCUCUUUCGUGCACAUAUUUUCCUACAAUGUCAAUUUUACGAAAGCCUCAAGCGUCACUAAUCUCAAGCUGCUUCUACCAGACCGCGCGGAUGAGAUUCUGCAGUCUCGUCACCGCUACAUCGGUAUCUGGCGCCCCCUCACAGCGCCUCAUCAGGACUGCCCCCUCGCCGUCUGCGAUUACGGGAGUGUCAGCACCAGCGAUUUAAUCAAAGAGGACCUCGUGUUUCCUCACUACUGCCACGAAAGCUACCAAUUCAAAUCCAGCCCGCACCACCAGUGGUUCUUCAAAAGGGCAAUGGGCGUGGACGAUGUGAUCAUAAUGAAACUGUUUGAUUCUGAGGCUUCCGAGUCGCAAUUCUGCCCGCAUUCGGCAUUUUUGGAUCCUACGGUGCCUGCGGGUACACCAAACCGGGCAAGCAUUGAGAUCAGGGCUAUUGUCGUGGGGUGA